GCCCACGCCACUUCGCAUCAACUCGCAGGGAAGUAUCCCAACCACCCCCAAAACCCCGUACUCGCCAACCACACACUUGGUUGUUGUAAUCCCCCACCCCCUGUUUUGCGAUGCGCGUACGCCUUUGACGCGUGCGCCUUUGACGUGUGCGCCUUUGACGCGUGCGCCUUUGACGCGUGCGCCUUUGACGCGUGCGCCGUUGACGCGUGCGCCUUUGUCGCGUGCGCCUUUGACGCUUGCGCCUUUGACGCGGGAACGGUAGAGGCGGGAGGGGUAACGACUGGAGAGCUGGAGUUGCCCACAACGACAGCGUCGGAGGCGCCAUCGGGGGGAGGCGUUAUCUCGCCGUGGUGCCUGCACGUGCACACCGUGCUCGGCACGCGCUUGCUCGUCCCCGCCGCUCCCACCGCCACCAUAAGCGACCUCCUCCAUGGAGUGAGCGAGCUGCACCAGCGUGUGCACCCGGAGAAGGGUGCUGUGCGCUUCGAGUCCGCCAAGGUGUUCCGCCACGCAGCCUUGUUCGCAGCCGCCCCUCACUUCAAACUGGCCGAGUGUUUAAAACAAGAUGACGUCAUCCUCGCUUUCACCGGGGAUGCCGAUGUUGCUGCUGAUGUCAGCGACUAUCUGACGCACCACCUCGCCUUUGGCUUCUCUCUUGAAAGCAACAACGACCCUCUCGUUCGUGGCCAUCAUCACCUGCCACGUGGCAGCCUUUCCUGUGACCACGUGGCGUUCCAGCGUGGGCUGCUGUCCGCCCUUGCUGCUGCUGACGUGGCAGAGAGGGGAGUGGUGUCGGUCAGCCAAUCGGGAGAGAGGAGGAGAGGGGGAGAAGGGGGAGCAGGAGGAGGGGCAGGAGAUGAGGAAGCGAGAGGGAAGGUGGCUGGUCAAAACGAGUGGGCGCUAGAGACCUGUCAGGAGAAAGGGAGGGGAGCAGUCGAGGAAAAGGCAGGAGCAGGAGGGAUAACAGGAAGGAAGAGGAGGGGAGGGGGAGGGGAGGCACAGGUGGGUGGCAAAGUGGGGCCUGAAGUGGGUCGAGAAGGGGGGGGCGAGAGGAAGAGGAGGAGGGAGGGUGCGGAGGAGCAAAUGGUUGCCGAUGGAAACGGACGGCAGGCAGCCGGGGAGAAGAGAGAAGCGGAGAGAGCUGAUGGGGAGACGGUGGGUGAGGGGGGUUUGGAAGUGGGACGGGUCGGGAAGAGACAAAGACGAGGAGAGGGGAAUGAGCAGGAGGGGGGGAAGGUGGAGGGGAAAGAGGGUGGUGAGGGGAAGGUGGAGGGGGGUGCAGUGGGGGGGAAGAUGGAUAGUGCGGGUGAGGGGGAUGGGGGAAAGAAUGAGAGAGCGAGAGGAGAUGGGGAGGGAGGAGAUGGGGAGGGAGGAGAUGAAAAGAAGGAGAGUCGAGGGGUGCAGGAGAGGACAGGGACGAGGGGGGAGGACGAGGUUGAGGAGAAGAAAGAGAAGGGCGAAGACGAAGGAAUGAAAGGGAAAGCAUCACACGGAGGGGGUGAGGCGCUGAAGGAGAGAGAAGGGAGUGCGGGAGAGGAUGGGAUUGCAAGGAAGGAUGGUGGUGCUGGGGGGAAGGGAGGUGGUGGAGAGGGGAGGAAUGAAGAAGUGGUGAGUCUUGUAGGGGAUGAAAGUGGGGAGAGCGAGGAGGAGAGUGAAGACGAGAGCGAAGGGAGUGAGGCUGAGUGUGAAGAGGAUGGAAAGGAAGACAAGAAGGAUAUGGAGAUUGAGAAGGAGCGAUCAAUGCAGGUGGAAGAUGAGGAAGAGCGAAAGGCUUCAGAAGGAGAUGCGAAAGAAAAGGGGAAGUCUAAGAAUGAGGAAAGUGAGGAUGAUGAUUCUGAGACAGUAGGGGAGACAGAGGAAGAAUCCGACAAAGAGACAGAGGAGGCCGAGGAGGAGGCAGGGAAGGAAGGGAAGGAAGGGAAGGAGAAGGCAGUGUGGGGAAAGGGCAAGGAGAAGACCAACAAAGAGUCAGAAGAAGAGGAGGAAGAGGACGAGGAGGAGGGAGAGAGAAAGGCUUCAGAAGGAGAUGCGAAGGAGGAGGGGAAGACUGAGAAUGAGGAGAGUGAGGAUGAGGAAGAAUCUGACGAAGAGACAGAGGACGCAGGAAAGGAAGGAAAGGAAGGGAAGGAAGGGAAGGAAGGGAAGGAAAGGAAAUCAGUGGGGGAAAAGGACAAGGGGAAGUUGGAUGAAGAGUCGGAAGAAGAGGAGGAAGAGGAGAAAGAGGAGGAGGAGGAGGAGGAGGAGGAGGAGGAGGAGGAGGAAGAGGAAGAGGAGGAGGAAGAAGAGGAAGAGGAGGAGGAGGAGGAGGAGGAGGAGGAGGAGGAGGAGGAGGAGGAGGAGGAGGAGGAGGAGGAGGAGGAGGAGGAGGAGGAGGAGGAGGAGGAGGAGGAGGAGGAGGAGGAGGAAGAGGAGGAGGAGGAGGAGGAGGAGGGAGAGGAGCAAGAGGAUGAGGUGGUGAUGGUGGAGAGCGGUGGGGGGGCGAGCAAGGAGCCAAUAGAGAAGGCUGGGACUCAAGCUGCUGCUGCUGCUGCGGUGAGCACAGCUGUGGCGAAGAAGGAAGCAGAAAGCAAGGCAGAUGGAAAGGGAGCAGAGUGCACAGCAGCGGCGGGUAAAGUAGCGAAAGAGAAAGAAGAAGCAGGUAAAGCAGACGGAAGCAAGGGGGUGGGAAAAGGAGCAGCACGUAAAGCAGCAGAAGGCAAAGGGGUGGAACGAAAGGGAGCAGCAGGCAAAGAAGCUGCAAGUAAGUCCGCAGCAGCAGCAGCAGCAGCGGCAGCAGCAGACAAGGUUCCUGAUGCUUGUGAGAAGGGUGAUGAGGUGAAGGGAGAGAAAGAGGGCGGGGUGGAUGAGGAAGGGAGUGAGGAGGAGACCGAGGAGGAGAGUGAGGAGGAGAGUGAGGAGGAGAGUGAGGAAGAGGCGAAUGAGGAGGGGAGUGAGACGGAGAGUGAGGAAGAGGAGGAAGAGGAUGAUAGUGGGGGUGAUGAGGCGGAGAGUGUGGAGGAGGUUGUUGAGACGAGCAAGGAGAAGGCAAAAGAUAACAAGGGGUUGGUGAAGGGCAAGGGGAAGGCGAAGGGGGCAACAGAGGACGGUAAGGCGAAGGGGGGGCAGAGAAAAGUGGAGGCAGAGAGUGGGGAGAAGGAGAAGGGCGCGAUAGAGGGAGGUGGGAAAGGGACAGCGGUAGCAGCGGCUGUGGCGGCAACAGCAGCAGUGGGUGGGAAGGGUGGAAGCAAGCGGGGCGGGAAGAAGGGGGGUAAGGGCAAGGAAGGAGAGAGUGGGUCUCCUGCCUCACUGCCUGCUGCUCCUGCUGCUGCUCCUGCUGCUGCUCCCGGCGCCGUGGCAGCGCCAAGUGUUGCUGGUACCGCUGUUGCUGUGAGUGAUAAGACUACUUCUGCAGCAGCAGCCAAGGGUCGUGGUAAGGCUGCUAAAGCUUCCGAUGCUAAGGGUGCUGCUGCUGCGGGUAACGUUGCUGCGGCCAAUGACGUGGCUCCUGCAGCUAGACCUCGUGGCAGGCCUGCUGCGAAAGCAACACAUGCUAAUGUGUCUGCAGCUGCUGCUCCUGCUGUCAGUGAGGCAGCCCCUCGUGCAGGCAAGAGGCGUGGUGCCAAGGCUGCUGCUAUGCCCCCUGCUGCUGCUGCUGCUGCUGCUGCUGCUGCUCCUGCUCUUCCGCCUGCUCCUGCUUCUGCUGAGGAUCCUGCUGCCACUGAGCCUGUGCCUGCAGCAGGCAAGGCGCGAGGUGGUAAGGCUGCUGCGAAGCCUGCACCUGCUGAUGUUGCUGCUCCUCCUGCUGCUGCUGCUCCUGCUGUUGCUCUUGGUCCUGUUGGUGCUGUUGGUGCUGCUGGUGCUGUUGGUGCUGCAUGUGCUGCUGCUGCAGGGAGGGGAAAGGCUGCCCAAGGGAAGGCGCCAGGAAGAGGAAACACAGCAGGGAGAGGAGCAGGAAGGGGAAGGGCACGAGGACGGGGAAAGGUAGCAGUGGAGGCAGGCCGGCCAGAAGCAGCAGCGAAAGCUGGUAGUGCUGCUGCUGCAGAUACUUCAUUGAUGUUGUCCCACGGAGGAACAGCUGUGGAUGUAGCAGUAGCAGCAGGUAGAGCAGUUGUGGGUGGGGGGGCAGUAGGUGGAGGAGCGGGUGGGGGAGCAGCAGCAGCAGCAGCAGCAGCAGCGGCAGCGGCUCCAAGAACAGGUUUUCCCCGAUACACGCCCCCAAGUGCUGCCGCUGCACCCACUCCCUCCCCCUUGCCUCCUGCUCCACCAGCCGAACCAUCCAGCCCUUUCCCUGUCCUGGACCUCGGAGACAUUCUCAAGAUGCUAUAAACUGCUUCGACGAUGAGGAAACUUUUCAGUUGUAAUGUCCCUGCUAUUUUGUCUACUUUCAAUGUACACUCUGGAUUAGAUAUUCUAGCCAUCUUAUAGUUUUGUGUAAACACU